AAGCAAUUCCAAAGUGCCGCGUCACAUUUUUGAAUUGCAUUUUUUUUCCGUUAAAUUAGUCAUACUAGAGAUAAGCUCAACUUCAUAAAAAAAAUAACAAUUAUGGCUAACAGUGAGACCACUGAUAUAUCUCAGCUUGACAAAACAUUCGAUAGGGCUGCAGAUCACCUUCAAUCUUUAGCAUCACAGUUAGAUUCUGGACAGCUUUUAGGCUUUUAUGGUCUCUAUAAACAAGCUACUGUAGGACCGUGUGACAUACCCCGACCAAGCUGGUAUCAAACCCAAGCUAAACAUAAAUGGGAGGCAUGGAAAGCACUGGGUGACAUGGGCAAGGAAGUUGCUAUGGGCAGUUACAUACGAGCAGUAGGUAAACUGGAUCCUACGUGGGAGAAAGAUGCUAGAUUAGAAUCACAGGCUUGGGUCACAGUUAGUCGUUUACCCAACACAGAUGUAGAACUUCGAGAUAUAGACAAGACUUUGUUAGAUUGGGUUAAAGACGGAGAUGAAGAAAAGGUUAGAGAUAUAAUAGGCACAGAUCGGAAAUCCAUAAACGUUUCUGACGACUCUGGAAUGUUACCGAUACACUGGGCGUCUGAUCGAGGCUACAUGCCGACUAUAAAAUGUCUUGUUGAGAACGGAGCUGAAGUAAACGCUCGAGAUGACGAAGGACAAACUGCCCUGCAUUAUGCAGCUUCCUGCGGUCAUGCAGAAGUAGUAAAAUACCUUUUGUCUGUCGGCGCUCAGUGUGUAAAGGACAACGAUGGUAUGACCCCGAAAGAUGUAGCGGAUGAUCAAAUAGCGGCAAUGCUCUGACACUGAUGUAGUAAACUUUUCUGUACUUUAUGUCUGUAUCCAUUGUAUGAAUAAACCAUAAUGUAAUAUUGA